AUGUCUAAUCAAGGAAAGUAUGAAGGUUAUAGUGCUUGGAGGAAGGAGAGUUCGCUCGGGCAGGCCCAAGCUGGAAACCGACGGUCGACGCCCCCGUCGGACAGAUGCUUCAUUGCGUUGACGGCCGGGAGGUUUAUGUAUGCUGGUUCUCGAAUCGUCAGACGAGCGCUCGGACACACCGCCGACAUCUUUGCUGACUCUGUCAUCGUCAUCCCAGAGCUGCCUUGCGACGAAGAAGAACAACAUCGACUUCAGAACAUCCCAACGACCGAAAGACAACACCAGAGAUCUGUUGCCGUUUCGUACGGAUCGAUCUCAUUCGGGGUAUCCAUCACCGGUCUCGGUAUAACAACCUGCGAGAGGCUCGACUUAUAUAGAUGCUUUGCUGGACAAGAUUCCGGAAAGAUUUGCGCUGAGAAGAAGCCCAAGAUCAAGGAAGAACUGUUGUGCAAGGGAGGCAUCCCCGACGCAUCGGUCCCUUGGCGCCUGAAAAACAAGCACACCGUCUUAGGCGACACAGGACGCCCAGCAAGGAAGUUAAGGUUGGGCCAGUUCACAGGAUGA